CAUAAAUAAAGGAUAAGAUAAAAGUCAGUCAAGUGUAAGCACGAGGAACGAAGUCCUCAGGCUGUAAGUUAGAGAUCAGCCUGAGGAAGCUGGUCUAGUAGGUGUUCAACUCUCAGAAAUCUCAAUUUUAUUAUUGAAAUUAAGAGAAGUGGAUUCACUUGCUGGAAUCGAAAAUACUACAUCACCUUGAACCGGAAAGUCCAAGACUUUUAUAAACUCCUGUCUGUCCUCUCGUCUGAUUGUCUCCGGAUUGUCAAGUCUUCGUAGCUGGACCUCAACCCGUCACUCAACUCAUUUUUUCCAGGCAGCUCACCAGCUCUAUUUUUUCAAGAAUUUUUCCCUAGAGGAGUUGCCAGUGCGAUGAUAAUGUCUGUGUGGUUUUCCCUGCUCGUGCUGGCGACACUUUGCGGACAAACAAACUCAGUUCUUCCGCAGAUAAGUCUGUACCAACCGGCUGUGGUCAAACCUCUCUUCGACAAGAUGCAAGAGUAUGGGCUCAACGCGAAAGAACAAAGCAAGAAAGACAGUGGAAAAAAACAGUAUUUAGUUGUUUUACUUGCUUCACAUGAUGAAAUUAUGGACUCAAGCAACCAGGAGCCGCUUGAAACACGUUUCAAUGGUCGAUUAAUGUGGAUACCCAAUAAACGAGACUCUUAUAUAGAAAAACUCUUUGACACAGAAAGAACAUCGCAUUGGGAAGCAAGAUUUAUCUAUAGCAAUAUGAUUAAUAAAUUCAAAGAUGUAAAGGUAUCUGAUAAACUUCCCAUUGUUGUGAUGUACUCUCACUACAUUCCCUGCGCUAAUGUCAACGGUCUCGGGUAUUCCUGCGCUGAGGAGUUAGCUGUGUUCGCCACCUACAACUGGAAGAAGUUUGGUCUAAUUGUCGCAUUUUCUGAACAUUUUGUGGGUUUCACACCUGAAGACACAGGCACAGAUGUACAGUCCGCUAAUCAUUUUCUUCAACUCGGAGGCAUUCCAUCCUACCGGUACCAGGAUGACAGUAACAACGAGAAUUUGGUUCAAAAUAAUAAUGUCGAAAAUGCCGAUAAAUCUGACAGAUGGCAAUCUGUGACUUUCUUACCUAACUUCUUUAAUUUUCUCGAGGAUAAUGUUCAGGAUGCCUGCCUAUCCCACACGGCUGAGGAGAGAAGUAAGAUCAUUGCAUAUUUUGCCAACUAUGCCGCAUACUCAUGUUUUCAAAACAUGAGUUUUUGUUGGAGAGCGAAACAUGCAAAUGAAACAAAGGAUUGUUUCAACAAUUAUAUUGAGACGAAUAUUGGUUCCGACUGCAAACAAUGCUCUAAAAACUGUGCAGAGUUAAAAAAACAAAAAAUUCGGAAAUGCGUUGAAACCUCAGUUGACAACUCUCUAGUCCCUGGACAACUGGAAGAAGAUUUCAAUCCCUUAAAAUCAACCUGGAGGGCUUUAAAUGAUAACAAUCUUUCAAGACUAUUUCGCAAAGCAAAUCAGAGGAAAAUAAGAGAAUUUGGCAGGAUGGUGUCGUGUAAGGACAAGUCUCUCGCCCCCCAGUCACUGUGUACCAAAAAACUAAGCAUUAUUGUUUAAUUGCAACUGAUUGCAACUGACAGAAAGCGAUCUUCUUAAUCUUCUUAAAGUUCACGCAUUCUGUUUUUCUUUAAUUUUGACCAGAUUUAAUAUCCUUUAAAGCUUUUGAUUUUAAAAAAUGUCAACUUUAUUAACGUAUAGUUUACUAUACUGGUAAUAGUAUUAGUAGUCGUAUAUAUGAGAUUUAGUAAUACUAUCAGAAUGUUCCACUAAGUUGUCUACGCAUAUAUUGUAUAUAUAAUUCCUUGAUACUUUACACACUUGAAAAGAAAUACACACAACUAUUCUUUGCUCUAUGUUUAUGCUAUUAUAAAUAGCAUUUAUUUUAUUGUACAGAUGACUUAUGUUAAGAAUAUUUUGAUGCACAUCUACAUUCAGACACACCCUCUAAACUACUCUUCAUAAAUGUGGAAACUACAUGAGCUCAUAUUUUAGUGUGCAUAUCGUGUGAGCCUUACAUUAAACUCUACUUCUUUAAACUUAAAUAUUUGUUAAAGUGAAUAAAUCUCAGAGACUGAUAGAAAAGUGAGACAACAAGAGAACUGAUUGUGGGUUGUUGUGACAUUUCCAUGCCAAUAAGAGACGAUGGACAUAUUUUGCUUUUGGAAUCUCAUCAAGAACUUUUUACUCGCUGUUACAUAACUUUGAGUUGAAUGUAAAUUACAGAACGAGUUGUCUUGGUAAUGAUAAAUUUAGCUUUUAUUUGCUUUUCAGUUCCUGUUGUAUAUUUGUUCUGAGCAAUUAAAGGUUAUGAUUUCA